UGAAUGCAUUCAUUCAUAUUUAAAUUGACAAAUUAUAAUUUUGUGAAUACAUCAAAAUUUACUAUAAUAAGACGGCAUUUUGCUCUAUUCAUGGAGAAAGAACAAAUUAUUCCUGAUGUUGUAAAAACAAAAGCUGAGCAUAAAUUAGAGGUUAAAUAUGGAAGUCAUGUUGUAAAUGAAGGGAAUGUUUUAACUCCCACUCAAGUUAAAAAUUCACCUGUAAUUAAGUGGCAUGCUGAUGAUAAAGAUUUGUUUACUUUAAUAAUGACAGAUCCUGAUGCACCUAGUAGAGAAAAGCCUAUUUAUAGAGAAUGGCAUCAUUGGCUGGUUGUGAACAUACCUGGGAAUAAUAUAAAAUCAGGUGAUGAAAUCUCUCAAUACAUAGGGUCAGGGCCUCCCAAGGGAACAGGUCUUCACAGAUAUGUAUUUCUUGUAUACAAACAACCUGGUAAAAUAGAUAUUUCAAAGCUCACAAAACUUACAAAUAAGUCUGGAGAUGGCAGAGGUAAUUUUAAGGCUGAAAAAUUUGCAAAUGAACAUCAUUUAAAACCACUUGUAGCUUGUAAUUUUUUUCAAGCUGAAUGGGAUGAUUAUGUUCCAGAAAUUUAUAGACAAUUAGGGGGACAUUAGGAUAUUUUUAUUAAUUAUUUUAAAUAAUGGAAUAUAAGUAUUUAA